AUGAGUGUUGGUUGGAUAAAACAAGCCAAGUUGAGGCCUCAGUCUAGGCUGGACAACAACUGGCUGAAAACAGAUAUUCAGGCAUGUUUCAACAAAGAUGGCCUCAGCCGUCUAUGGAACCAGCUAGUCAAGGAUGGCGAGUUGGCGGUUGAAGACACCACUAUCUACAACAGCGCUGGAGCUUUAGCCAAGAAGGGCGAUACCGGCAAGUUCUACUGUGGCAUGAAGGUGCUGUCAUGUGCUUGUUGUGAUGGUCACUGCGGGCCCACCAAUGGCUGCAACUGCCCAGGCUGCCAGCAGUUGGACAAGGAGGAGGAAGCCCUAGCCUUCGAGCAGCGGGCACAGCCUCCUGCCUCCCAGCCCAUGUUGGAAAGCUGGACAUGGGGACAACAGCCAGAUGUAACCAAACUCCAGCACUGCCUCAACUCCCUCCUGCAUGAACACCAGCAGCUGAGCCUGGAUGUCUUCAGCAGCUCACUAUCCAUGACACGGCUCCAACAACGUAUUGCCGUCCUGGAGCGGUACUUCACUGCUCUCUGCCGGCAGAUCCAGGCUGAGAGGAGAGCACCUUCCAGAAAACGGCAGGCGAACCAAAGCAACUUGAACAAACAGAAGAGCACCAUGGUUAAGCCGGUAGAGAAGGCUACUGUGGGAUUGGCCAGGGUUGGAUCCAGAGCUGCCUUGAGUUUCGCCUUUGCCUUUUUGAGGAGAGCCUGGAGAUCUGGGGAGGAUUCAGAUCUCUGCGGGGAGCUACUUCAGGAGUCCCUUGAUGCCCUGCGGUCACUCCCAGAGGCCACCUUGUUUGAGGAAGGGGCAGUGUCCUCACUGUGGUUAGAGGUGGUGGAGAGAGCUACAAAGUUCCUGCAUUUUGUAGUCGCCGGUGAUCUGAAUGGUGGCGCAGGUGGUGGGCAUGGAGCCUCCUCCAAAAUCCCAGUCCAAGACCAGCAGAUAGCCUUGUGCCUGAUCCUGGAGCUGGCUGUACAGAAGGGGGCACUGAGCAGUGUGCUGCAGGCAGUGCUGCUGCUGCUCAAUCUCUGGAACAACAGCCACCAUGACUACGACAACCGGGUCAGCAGCAGCCUUGUCUCGGCACCCCUGAUCCCUUUGUUGAAGAGGUUUGAAGGCAUCCAGAAUUCAAAAUCUAAAGUUGCUCACAGCAUGAAAUGGGAUGAGCAUGUGGUUAGUCCUACAGAAUGCUUCCUUCAACAUUUGACCUACCCAGAAGAUGAAGAGGCCGCUGUGGACCUCCGCCAGAGCGCUGUCUUCAUCAUGUCUCACCUGGACAGACUUGCUGCUCCAUACCUGCCUGUUAGCUCAGCCCAAAAGUCUCAGUGUCAGGCAGUCACCCAGGAGAUUGUCGGCAUGGGAUGGCUGUCCUGGGCCAACAGCAGCAGCAGUGGCAGUGGGCCUCAUGUGCUAGAGGUCUUCAAUGACCUUGGUGGAGUCCAGCAGAUUGUCUGUGCUGAAAGAUGCCUCCUGGCUCUGACUCGAACUGGCCGAGUUUAUGUCAUGUACUACAGCUCAGAUACCCAGUCACCUCAGUUGGUGAAUGGCUUCGGUGAGAAGGAAAUAGUUAGACUGGCAGCCCAUGCUGAUGGCAAACAUUAUCUGGCACUGACGAGUGAAGGAGAUGUGUACUCAUGGGGGAAUGGAGACGGAGGCCGACUGGGGCAUGGAGACAGCAUCUCACGAGAUGAGCCCACCCUCAUCACAGCCCUCUCAGGAAAGCACAUCAUUCAGAUUUGUGCCGGAAGCACCUACAGUGCGGCCAUCUCAGCCAGCGGGGAGCUGUACACCUGGGGGCGAGGCAACUAUGGGCGGCUGGGGCAUGGCUCCAGCGAGGAUCAGUGCUACCCCAGCCUGGUGUCAGCCCUGAAAGGUCACAGGAUUGUUGAUGUGGCUUGUGGCAGCGGGGACGCUCAGACUUUAGCAGUAACAGAUACAGGAGCUGUUUAUUCCUGGGGAGAUGGAGACUAUGGGAAACUUGGCCGAGGGGGAAGUGAUGGAUGCAAAGUUCCCAAGCUGAUAGAGAAACUGAUGGGCCAGGAUGUAGUGAAGGUUUUCUGUGGAGCUCAAUUUAGCCUGGCCCUCACAAAAUCUGGCACUGUCUUCUCCUGGGGCAAGGGGGAUAACUUUCGACUGGGCCAUGGCUGCGAGGAGCACAUUCGCCACCCCAAACAGAUGGAAGGCUUGAGUGGCAAGAAAGUGCGCAGCCUGGCUAUCGGAUCCAUGCAUUGUUUGGCUGUGCUGGAGGAGGGUGAGGUCUACUGUUGGGGCAAGAAUGACCAGGGUCAGCUCGGGGAUGAGAGCCAUGCCAACAUUACAGAGCCUAUCAUGGUUCCAGGCCUGGAGGGGAAGCACAUCGUUGGUGCAGCAUGCGGGCCAUCACAGAGCUUCUUUUGGUCAUCCAGUGACCAAUGGAGCGUGGGUUCUAGAAGCCCUUUUAUCAUCGACAUCAACAAGACCACCUUUGAACAUAUUGAUGAACUUCUGUGUGAAGUCUACGAGGGCAUGGAUGGCCGAAGUGACUGGCCGCCCUCCCAAGACAAGGAGUGUAUUGCUGUGUCAUGUCUCAACUUGCUAAAUUUGCAGCUGCAUGCAGCCAUUUGCCAGUCAGAGGAUGCAGAGCACCUAGGCCUGCAGCAAGGGAGUGCACUCUUGGAGAGUCUGAAGCAGAGAGUGGUUGCCCUUGCUAGCAACAGUGGAGUCAUCAGCACUGUCCAGAGGGCAGCACAGGCCACGCUGCAGAGUGGCUGGUCCAUCCUGCUGCCCACACCUGAAGAGAGAGCCAGAGCUUUGUCUUCUUUGUUGUCUUCUGGAGGACGGGACAUGGCUGUGAUGUCCACUGGUCAGAGGUUCAUGACAGAUCUUCUGGUCAGCUCUCUCAUGGCAGAUGGAGGCCUGGAGACAGCUCUGCACCUGGCCAUCAAAGCUGAGGUCAAAGGGUUGGAUGAUUCAAAGGAAAAAGAGUGUGAUCUCAAGAUGAAAGAGGAUAGUGGGGAUGGAGAGAAAGAUAAAAUAGGGGAAGCAACUAGUGAUGUCAAGAGUGAAGUCCCCUUGCUAGAUGUCCAUCUUGUGGAUAGUUCUGACGAUGGAGAGACGGCCAUUCCACUGCUACAGCUUAUCCACCAGCUGUUCAGAAAUUCAGCAUCUCACACCCUGUCCAAACUGCAAGAAGAAGCCAGAUGUGGGGGCUUGAAGUCCCCAGAAAGUGAGAGCCCGGAGAAUUCACCAUCCUUAGACCUGCUGCUGCAGUUCCAGAGACUGCUCAUAUCUAAGAUCUUCCAGUGCAAGGUUGUCACUGACAGCCAUAGUCCCAGUCCCACAGGGGCAGAUGGGAAAUCUAGUGUAAAGGAAGGGACUUCUGGAGAAAUUGGCUGUGAAAUGUUGGGAGCUGCCUCCCUGCUGCGCAAAUACUGUAGCCUGCUGGUCAGUCAUGUGUCAAAUGUCCUGUCCACUGCCACGACUAUUGGGGAGAAGUGUGCCAGGAGUUUUGCAAAUGUAACUGCCAUCAUCAGUAAAGAUGUCACAGGUGUUCUGCUGCCAGAGAUGGUGACAUGCCUAGUGUUGCUGCAGCUAAGGUGUCCCCAGAUUGUCCAGGUGUCUCGCACCAGUCAGCUCUUGUCUCAGCUUCUGGAUGACCUGGAUUAUUUCAACCGCCUGGCUCCAGGCACAGAGAAGGAAGACUCAGAGGACCUGGCCUGGCCUGGUGUUUGGAGUUACAGCCUGGAGAAGUACAGCACCCGCUCCACAGAUGAUGCUCAGAUGAUUCGCAAGGCUGAUCUAGAGAACCACAACAAGGAUGGAGGUUUGUGGAUCGUGGUCCAUGGUAAGGUGUACGACGUGCACGACUUCAAGAGUCAGGCUCCCUGUGGAGCAGAGACAUUGCAAGAGUGGGCAGGUCGUGAUGCUUCUGUUGCCUUUGAGACGGCCCAUCAUUCCGAGGAAGCCAGGGAGAUGAUGAACUGUUUCUAUGUGGGAAAGUACAUUGAUCCUGAGAAGGAUGUGGUGCAGUCACCAGGAAGUGGGUCAAUGUCAUCUCCACUGAUUGACACUGAGAGGACUCUGGCCGUGUUGCUUGGUCUAAAUGCAGCACAGCAGGUCCGCAGUACCCCCCUGUCGCUGGAUGAGCUGGAGAGCAAGCAGUGGCUGCAGGCAGAGUUCUUUAGUGGUGGACUACAGCUGCUCAACCAGGCUGGCUAUGAUGAGGAGAAAGGGGAGAGCCGGAGUACCUCCAGCUCAUGCAACACUCCAGGUGCAACGCCGACCUCGGAGCAUUGUAAUGUCUCCCAGAAUGCCGUCGACAAGGAGAGGCGCUACCAGGCAGAGCAGGCCAGCACUGACAUGGCCAGGUCCUUUCUGCAUGCUCUGGCAGAGUCCCGUUUGCAAGACCUCACUGUAAAGAUGUUUCUGGCAAUGGUGGACAAGUACUGUAGAACCCAUCACCUCCUGUUUCCAUUUGACUUUCCUUCGGACCACCCAGUGGAAGAGGUUGGCAGGCUAUUGAUGGCUGUGCUGCUCAAGCACUGUGACCUUGGCUACGUAGUGCUGUCUAUGAUAGAACACGGCCAAGGGGAGCACGGCCCCAAGAACAUGCCCAAGUCUGUGGCAGAGUUGUGCAGGGUCAUCUGUCAGGCCAAGCGGUCACUCAUCAAG